AUGUUCGGGACUCUGCAUUGGAACCCUCACAGCAAAGAGGCCGAGUUCAUCGAGUGGCCGCAUGGCUCCUCGAAUCCAGAAAAGAACCCAGCCUGCGAUCGGUGCCGGGCCAGAAAGGUCAAAUGUAGGAACCCCAAUAACGAGGGCUGCACCCGGUGCACGCGCCUGGGGAAGACGUGCACGUUCAGUCCCGGCAGGCAGCGUGGAAAACACAGAGUAAGGCAUUCGCCGCGUGAGCAGCCGCCAUCGUCAGUGUCGGCGAGCUCUAAAGGCACAGGCACAGACAAGGACGAGGACAAGCCAUCUCCUGCUGCAGCGCCAGGUAUAGCAGAAAAUAACGAUAGCGAACGAGGACAACAAUCACUGCUGGGCGACACCUUCGACUUAUCCUUCCUCGCCGACUUUGACCAUGAACCGAGCGAUCGACACGGCGAGGACAUCAGCUUAACCCUAUUCUCCACCAUCUUCACCAGCACCAAGACGGACCCCAAGCCUGAGCCUGAGCCAGAACCGGAGCCCAGGAUGUCAAUGUCAGCAACUCUCCUCUCCCCGCCCCUCACCUCAGAUGACGAGAUCCAGCACUGCCUCCCCGGAGCCGCCCACCAAGACCUCGACAUCUGCAUCGCGAAGACUCCAUCCACCGCGUUCCCCUCCGGGCCAUGCCAAUGCCUUGCCGCCGUCGCCUUCGCGGUCGAGGAUUUGGAAGCCAGCUGCACCACCGGCCACCGUGUCGAGCUGGACUCCAUCACUGCGUACCAGAAGGAAGUUAUCACGCGCUGCCGCUCGCAGCUCAAGUGCAGCGGGUGCAUGGCUAGGCGGGAGACCCUCGUGCUGCUGGUUUUCAUGCUCGAGAAGAUCGUUGCAGCGUGUGGACGUAUUGUAGCUCUGUACCGGGUGAAAGACGCACAGGUACAGCUACACCUACCAUCCCCGUCUUCGGUGCUAGCCAACCCCCAUGUCGAUGGCAAUGGCGACGGCGAUGAUGAUCUUGACCUUGCGGCAUGCACGCACGCCGGGGCAGUCGCGGCCACGUCCACCGACUGGCGGAAACUCCUCCUGGGCGACUAUGAGAUUAGCUCGCCGCUGGAAUGGGAGCACCUGGUCCGCGUGCUCGUCUUCCUCCAGUUACGGGCUAUGAUGGAGCUCUUGGCGGAUGUGAAGAGCACGGGGGGUGAGGUUCUGGGGGAGACGCUGAGCGCGAGCCUCGCGCAGGCGGAGAUACGGCUCGGCGAGCUGGAGAAGGACAUACUUAUUCUAUAG